AAGCUUUCAUUGAUUUUCUGACAGUUUUCGCAAAAAUAACAACUCUGUUUCGACCGCCUGCCUGCCCUUGUAAUGACAUUGAAUCAACUAAUAAAAAGUUUGGCCAUCCCGGUAACCAGUAGGUGUAUUUUUCCAAUUCGUCGAGCUUUUAAAUCCAACUCAAAUUUUGGUAAUUAUAUUCAAAAGAGAUUAUCAGCUAGUGAUAAAAAAGGAAAAAAUAAAGGCGGUAAAAUGGCUUUCAACAAAUUAAGUAUUGAAAGUUUGGAUUUGAACGGCAAACGUGUCUUGAUGAGAGUGGACUUCAAUGUUCCCAUCAAGGAAGGUAAAAUCACAAGCAACCAGCGUAUUGUAGCUGCACUGGACAGUAUUAAAUACGCUUUGGACGCAAAAGCCAAGUCAGUCGUGCUCAUGUCGCAUUUAGGUCGGCCUGAUGGACAAAAAAAUCAAAAAUACACCCUUGCACCAGUAGCUGAUGAGCUGAAAACACUACUUGGUAAAGAUAUCAAGUUUUUGCCCGAUUGCGUUGGACCUGAAGUAGAAAAAGAAUGUAAAGAUCCAGCACCCGGCACUAUAAUUUUGUUGGAAAACUUACGUUUUUAUAUAGAAGAAGAAGGAAAAGGUCUUGAUGCUAGCGGGGCAAAAGCUAAGGCUGAUCCAGCUAAGGUUAAGGAAUUCCGCCAAAGUCUGGCUCAACUUGGAGACGUUUAUGUAAACGAUGCUUUCGGAACUGCUCAUCGUGCUCAUAGCUCGAUGUUGGGCGAAGGUUUCGAAAAACGCGCUGCCGGUUUUCUUUUGAACAAAGAGUUGAAAUAUUUUGCCCAAGCUCUAGAUAACCCACCGCGUCCAUUUUUGGCAAUCUUGGGUGGCGCUAAAGUUGCCGACAAAAUUCAACUGAUUUCAAACUUGCUGGACAAGGUCCAUGAGAUGGUGAUUGGAGGUGGUAUGGCUUUUACUUUCUUAAAGGUCAUCAAUAAUAUGAAAAUCGGUGCUUCAUUAUUUGACGAAGAAGGUUCUAAAAUCGUAAAUGAUUUGGUUGCAAAGGCAAAGAAAAACAAUGUUCAGUUACAUUUGCCUGUCGAUUUUAUUUGUGCAGAUAAAUUUGCUGAAGACGCCAAAACUUGCGAAGCUACCGUUGAAGACGGUAUUCCUGAUGGUUAUAUGGGUCUAGACAUCGGACCAAAAUCUAGGGAAUUAUUCAAAGAACCUAUCUGCCGUUCAAAAAUUAUCGUAUGGAAUGGUCCACCAGGAGUGUUUGAAUUCCCUAACUUUGCUAACGGAACUAAGGCUGUCAUGGAUGCUGUAGUUUCUGCUACUGAAGGCGGUACUGUCUCUAUCAUUGGAGGAGGAGAUACAGCUUCUUGCUGCGCCAAGUGGGGUACUGAAUCGAAAGUAUCACAUGUUUCAACCGGAGGCGGCGCUUCCCUUGAGUUGCUCGAAGGCAAGACACUGCCAGGCGUUGCUGCUUUGAGCAAUGCUUAAGAUGUUUAUUAUAUUUGCAAAAAGCACAAGAUAUAUAUAUAUAUAUUAAGGAGCUAUAUAAAUGUAUGCCCAGGACAAAGCAAAUUUGUUAAACCAUAGAAAUGCUGUUUAUUUACUAAGGAUUUUAUUAAUUUGUUGAAAACAUGAUAUCAUAAUCCGUUUAGAUGUUCAGUAAAACUAGCUGAUAAUC